GUAUAUGACAGUAAAGGGAGAUCUGGCUCUCUCGAGAGAGUCUUCUCUGCGGUGUCGAAUCGCUAACAGUGAUAUCUCGUAUAAACAAUAGCGAAUCUCCAGUCAUAGUAUUUGUCCAUUAUACGCUAAUGUGUAUACAAGUGAUUCAUGGACAUCGAGGUCACGAUAUGUUAUACAUGGGAUCUGCUGGCGUUAAAUAAAAUUUAGCAGUUAUAUAAAAUAUAUAAUUUAUUUUAUAUAAACGUUAAAUGUAUUUAUUAUAUCAAGAUUAAUACACAAAUUAUUAUGUCGAAACCUAACGUGAUGACGCACUUAAAUGCAAUUAGAAAGUGUUGUGUUGGAUGAAGUGUGGUCUGCGUAUAGCAAAUAACUCGAAAGUACGAUAACGUGGCAUAUCAGAGCCUUUACUCCGAAACAUUUUACAACUUACGCUUUGGAUUCAUUAUGUCAAAGUGCAAGAAUGAUGACGAACAAUGCGCAGAUAUCCGCGGAGUCGAUACCGGGCUGGACCGACGCGGAAGUUGCGUCGUCGUGCCGUCCUGAAGAAUGGCGAUUGCAAUGUGCUGCAAUCGCGCAUAUCCCGGCGAUCGCUGCGUUUUUUGCAGGACAUCUUCACAACGCUAGUGGACACACAGUGGCGUUGGACGCUGAUAUGUUUUAUCCUGAGUUUUAUCUUAUCCUGGCUAAGUUUCGCGGUGAUUUGGUGGCUAAUAGCCUUCACCCACGGAGACUUUGAAGAACAGCAUUUGCCACCUUUUCAAGUGGAGAACAACUGGACCCCGUGUGUCUACAACAUUUUCAGCUUCACCAGCUGCUUCCUCUUUAGUAUCGAAACCCAACACACUAUCGGAUAUGGCAGCCGUUCUACUACCGAAGAAUGCCCCGAGGCCAUAUUUAUUAUGUGCCUUCAAAGUAUCGCUGGCGUCAUGAUCCAAGCUUUCAUGGUGGGCAUCGUAUUUGCCAAAAUGACCAGGCCAAAACAGCGUACCCAGACACUAUUAUUUUCGCGAAAUGCCGUCAUCUGUCAACGGGACGGUGAGCUCUGUCUUAUGUUCCGGGUGGGCGAUAUGAGGAAGAGUCACAUAAUCAGCGCGAGUGUGCGCGCACAAAUGAUUCGCAGCAAAACAACCAAGGAGGGUGAAAUUCUGUCUCAACACCAGCAUGAACUGGUGGUAGGUACCGACGGUGAGAACGGCGAUUUGUUUUUCAUCUGGCCGUCCACCAUCAUCCACCGAAUCAACGAGUCCUCGCCUUUCUACAAUAUGUCCGCCGAGGACAUGUUGACUGAACGUUUCGAAGUCGUUCUAAUCUUAGAAGGCACUGUCGAGUCCACCGGACAAACUACUCAGGCCAGGUCCAGUUAUCUCCCACAGGAGGUCCUAUGGGGCCAUCGUUUCGACCCCAUGGUAAGCUACUCGAAGGAACGACAAGGUUACGAGGUGGACUAUUCGCUGUUUAAUAGCACCACUCAGGUUGACACCCCACUGUGCUCCGGCAGGGAACUCGCGGAAUUUUAUAAGGCGCAGGAUGAACUUCGUCAUGGAACUGGUGUUCUAAUCGACGAGGAUCGUUUAAUGAGGGGAGAAUAUGAAUGCAAUUGUCAUCCGACCAACCAUCAAUAUCUACAAUUGUCUUUGACGCCCUUGGACUGCACAAAGAGUCAUAACAGCACGGAAGAUGAAUAUUGUUGGCCAAAUAUCUGCAAAUGUUCAAAUUGUAUUUUAUACGAGCCUCAUGCCACAAGCAAUGAUCAAUCAAAGAUGUUUGAUUUCGAUGCCAUUCAGGUAAUGGAAAACGACGAGCUGGAACAACUGCCAGAAGCAGUAAACAGGGAAAUUGUGAAGAACAGCGAGGAGAUUGUCUUCGAGGAGGAGGAGGAGAAAAUCUCAGAGAGCAAUCUGAUUAAAGCGAACGACGUAAAAAGUAAGCCUUUAAGUUGUAAUCAGGAGAGUUUUUUUGAAGAAAGAGAAGUAGACGUUUCGAUGCGAAGAAAUGCAAAAAGAGAUAUGAUCAAAGUGAAUAAAGGGGAUAAUCAAGAAAGCCUUGAAAAGGAGAAGGAAGAUGAUUUAGUGCAAGCAACUGUAAUUAGAUCGAACAAGGACAAAGAUGAAAUUUUUAAGGGGUGUCAGAAAGUUCUUUUUAAAAAGGAAAAAAGAGACUUUUCUGAAAGAUGUAUGAGCAGGUUAAAACAAGAAGAGGCUGACAUUCUGAAAAGUAGUCAGGAAAUUACGUAUGAAGAUACAAAAGACGGCUUUUUGAAAAGAAAUAUAAUUUGGUUGAAUGAAAAAGAUGCCGAUAACUUGAAAAACUGUCCGAAAGCCUUUUUUAAGCAAGAAGAAGGAGUCUUAGAAAGAAAGUUAGUUAGAGGAAAUUAUGAAUUAGACGAAAGGAACGGCAAAACCAUUGAAAAUCAUCAUAUUUAUGAAGAAGAGCAAGUUGCCUUUAUAAAAAGUAAAGAAAGCCCUAAAGAUAUUAGACGCUCAAUUAGGCAUACUCUAUGCAAACCUAAAGAAGAAUACAAGACGAGAAGUGACGAGUUCGCAGAAAAGGAUUACAAAGUGUGCCUUGAGAAAAGACAAAAACUGCACAAUAAAAAAUGUCAAUUAAUUAUGUUAGUAAAUCGAGAUAAAAAUUUUUUAGAGAAAAAUGCAGAGAAGAAUAUUUCUCUGAAAAGAGAGCAAAAUUCCCCAAAAAGAUUUGAUAGAAGUUUGAAUGAUGGCCUUUUAACAACGAGUAAUAGAAGAUCUUUCAAGGAAUCCAUAAGAAACAGGAAUAAUAAUAAAUUGAUCCCAUCAAUAAAUGAAGAUAAUAAAAAUUCGAGAAAUAAUCCUUUCUCAAUUGAGGAGCACACCUGUUCAAAGGUGCAUCCUAGAAGUUUCACUGAUUAUUUUGUUACAACGGACGAUAGAAGAUCAAAACAGGAUGCAAUCAGCAACACGAAGAACAUCAGAAUAAAAAAAGAUCACAAAUCUUUACAGCAAAUUCCCAAAUAUUCUGUAGCAUCUUUAGAUCCUAUUAAUAGCAAUUUAAUUUUUGACCAACAACUCAAUUAUGAUUCUCCUAGGUUGGAAAAUGGCGAUUUUCAUAGUCAAAUGAAACAGCACGAUAAUAUUUCUUUUGAUGAUGGAAAUCUAGCGAAUUAUGCUGAUACUUCGAAUAUUAAAGAACAAAUUGUAUGUAUGGAAAAUGAAGAACAAAACGUUUAUGAAACGAAGAAAAAAUAUAGACGUUCAGAUACGUCAUUUAGAAAAUUAAUUAGCAAUUUUGAUGAACCAGAGAAACCUUCUUUGGUUGUCGAAAAACAAUUUAUCUGCAGCAAACAAUGCAUUCCAAAUAUCGAUGAAGAAUUGACAACGCAGAAAAGCGAUCUUUUAAAUGCUGAUGCAUCUUAUAAGCAUUUUGUUAGGGAUAUUAAAUGUCCAGGAUGGUUUGACGAUAUCGUAAACGUAGAGAAACAAAUUGACCAUAAUGGUACAAGGAAUAACGUUAGAAAAGGUAGAGAUUUUUCAAACGGUAGUACAUCAUGUGAAAAUGUAGUUAAUGACAUUGUCGCUCUAGAUCAUUUGAAACAAUAUGGUGUCUUAACUGAAGAACAAGUUUAUGAUAAUAAGAAGGUAGAGGAUAGGAAGCAGAUUUGCAAUUCUUCAAACAGUAAUACAUCUUAUACAAAUUUCGUCAACGAUAUUGUUAAUCUCGAUUCGAGACAGUAUGAUGAUGAUUUAAUUCCCGAAGAUCAAAUUAUUUACGAAAAUAUAAUAAAUACCGAUGAUAUAACAAGUGGGGAAACCACUAGAGAUUGUUUCGUUUAG